AUGUUACAUUUCACUCUCACUGAGCGUGGUAAGCCAGUUUUAAAUCAUAAAGGUUAUCAAUAUACUAAAAAACGAGAGCAUAAAACUUGGAAUGAGUGGCGUUGUCGUGAUAGACGUUGUACAAGUUCAGUACCAUUAUGUUCACAAGACAAAUUAAUUAUUCGUGAAGAAACAGGUCAUACAUGCACACCAAAUACAAACAAAAUUAUUAUUGAUGACGUUAUUGGUCAAAUGAAGAAGCGAGCACGAGAAGAAACAAUUCCAAUUCCCAAAAUUUAUUCUGAAGAAGCGGUUAAAGCUAGAGUUGAAAACCCUGGUCUAGCUACAGGUACAAUAUUUCCAUCACUCGAUAAAAUUGAUGCCAGCCUUUAUCGACGUCAGGCAUAA